GGCCAAAGGGACGCGAGUCAGCCACUAACAAACGGAGCUGCGUUUUUUCGCAUUCCAUUCCUAUCGCACUACGCACCUAGAUGCCGCCUCAUUACACCCACCGGACCAACGGGUUUUUGCGCAACCAAGAAGGAUUUUCAGAAGAGACAAACAUGGCGUACUCGCCGACUAGGAGAAUAUCUGGGUACGCCACGGACACCACAGACGAUGCCAUCUGCCCGAUUUUUCACGUGCGGUACCUGGGCCGCGGGCCUGUGGCGGCGGCGGGCCGGGACUACGUGUCGCCGAUCGUGGACUCGCUUUUCCGACAAGCCGCCAGGAAACAUCUGCCAAAAACGACACUGUUUAUCUCCGCCCAGGGCAUCAGGGUGGGUCAACCUCGGGGAGGAAGGGGCGCCAUCCCGGUCAACUUCGUGCCCAUACACGACUGUCUGUACGGGGCAGCCGACAGGAUACACAAGGAGGUGUUUUCUAUCGUUGUCAAAGGGACAGGUCGGGGUAACCCCUUCGAAUGUAUGUCGUUUGUGUGCCAUAAGUCUGCUCAUUCUACCGCGCUAGCUCUGUGGUUAAACAAAGCGUUUAAGGAAGCGUACGAAGUGUGGCAAACGCAGACUGUCAGGCCAGCCGAGCCGAGAGGGUUCGAGAGAAAUGUCCGACGGAACCCGUCCUUCCAAGAUCAACCACAGCAGUACAGCUCAGUGGAUAGGGGCCAACGUAGGUAUCAGAGGAGCAAUUCCGAGUCUGUGUACGUCAAUGGCGACUACCGUAGCGAACCUUUGGGUGAAGGGUUGUUUUAUCGAGGGGGAAGCAAUAGGUACUCUGCUACGCCCGUGUACCCACAGCAAAAACGGAAAGAUUCUGAGAAAGAAGGGUCUGGCUUUGGUAGUUUCUUUCGAAGAUCGAAAAGAGGGUCGGAGAGGGGUUCGCGUGAGGUGGUGUACACGCCGCCAGACCACGACAGCACCAAGAACUCCCCCAGGAGAAGCUCGUUUUCUCUGCCCGACAAAGCUCCGUGGAAGAAGCGGGAAAAGAGAGACGAGAAGGAGAAAAAGAAGAAGGAAAAGGAAAAGAAGAAGCACGAAGACUUGUACACGCCUCGAGGUGAUCGUUUUGUGUACAGAAAUCCGGAACUAAGUUACAGUGUGGAGACCCUUGAUGACGUCAGCAUACAAUCAGAAGACAGAGGGCGAUCCGGACGGAGAUACCUUAGAAAACAGCGGACUCAGAGUGAGGAGAGAGAGUUAAAACCUCCAUCUCCUGUGCAGAAACGCCCCCUCUCCCAGCUACUACAGCCUACACCGUUCACUGUAGCACUGGAGAAAAAGGCGUCACCCGAACCUACAAAGAAGGAAGCUCAGAUUCCCAAGAAACGGACCUCGACAGAGAAAAGUCUCUCGGACGAGCGGAGACAACCCCCAAAGAAACCAAGUCCACAGCCAACCUUAGAGAUACACUCUGUCCCUCCCCCUCCCCCACAACCAGCCCCGGAACGACCACGGGAAAAACCCAAGCCACAGCAAAACGGAGAGAUUGACUUUUCUGGUAUCGUAGAUACGGACGCAUUCAUCGACGACGUCUUCGAUGGCAUAGAUUAUGACAUCUUCAGCGACGACGACCAAAAACUGAAACACGAACGCGACAAUUCUGAAGAAAACGUGCCAGAAAAAGGUCGCGAUGCCUCGAAUAAGGAAAACUGGCCAGACUUUUCCACGGCUUAUAUUAGCCCGACUUCCGGGCGAGGUAGCCAGGACAUACCGAGAUGGACAAACAUCUUCGGUAAGACCCCUCCCCCGGGGAUGUCCCCAGAGUCGGGAGCGAAGUUCUCGCAGUAUCAACCCAAAGCGCUCCGAGGCGACGCAGCCGACGUUUCCCGAGCAGACGUCCAGAGAGCCCGACAACAGCCGACAGGGUCCGAGAGAAAACGACACGAUUCCGAGGACGAUGGAUACACCUCUAUCGUGGUGAAAGAAAACGAGGCACCUGUGAGGUAUUCUCAAGCGCUAAAUGACAAUGAACAAGGCUCGCGCGGAAAACCCAACGGUGUCCUCAACAACCACUACGACUCCAAAGGAUCCGGGGACGUUAAGAACUUGUAUAAUCUGGUAGGCUCUAAAUCAUUCUGGGAGACAAGGGUAGAUACGGGGAAAAGUAUGCUGUACUGAAUAUACAACAACAAACUCUACACCCCGCCAUAUUCGCACAUGAAGUUUCAUGUGAUCAAACAAUUACCUCAGUGUUAAAUAUACGGAAAACAUAUCUUCUGUCUUACACUUAACUACAUAUCAAGUGCAUACCUUUUAAAUCCUAUUUUUUUAGAUAUGUAUUGUUGGUGACUUGUAGAUAUUUGAUAUUAUUUUGCGGCUUUUUUUAACAGAUCUUAUGCGGCCUAAUAUUUCCCUGUGUUACAUCAAAGAUGGUGGCUUUAUAAUAUGUAGUAACUCGUUAAUUAUGCAUAUAGUUUUGGUGUCAUUCGAGAUGAUGUCGCAUGUCGGGAGAAUUCGGUGUUGGAUCUCAACUGGUCUCUGACAAAUAGUCCAAACAGCAAUGACUGUAUCAAGGUUUUGUUUGAAUACAGGGUGGAGCUAUCUUAUGCGAUUGUGAAUGGGUUAUCAGGUAACGCCCUGACCUUUGACCUCUACUGGUUAGGCUGUAUCUUUUAUAUGCUCCAUUGGCAUGUUUUUACAUCCUUAUCAACAUUGUGAAUGCGUUGUUUUACCUUUCGUCAAUGCUUUAAUCCUAAAUCUUACAAUCUGCAUUUAUGCUGGUGGCAAUGUUUCUAUUGAAGGAACCGAAAUACGAAUCUUUGGUUACGCCCAAAUUGACCUAAUUUAUAUAAUGAUAGAUUGCAUAAUGACUUCAUGCAGACUUGUGGUAGAUUGUAAUAUAGAAGCUAUUGACCGAAUCUUCUGACAGUUAACCUGUUUUAUACAAAGUUAACGCAUUUUGUCACUGAUUAACCCUCAUUUUCUACACAAGGUUACUUGAGACCAGCGUCAGACAAUGUUGUAUAUACGGUAAAUAUUUGACCCAUCGUUAAGGGCUUCCUAUUUUGUUUAUGUUCUUUUUAUAAGAAAAUAAUAACUGAUGUUAUUUUAGCGACGCAUACAACUUUGUGUCAGUUCUAUAUCAUUUGUAUCAUACAGAAGAUAGAGAGGGAAAAGCACACUCUCUACUGAUUUCCAUUAAAGUGGAGAUAACUUGUCGUAA